UACAACAUUGCUCGUGAUUGUCUUGAAUCAUCAUCAUCUCAACAAUCGGUGGUUUUUGUCUGAAAUGCUAUAAAUUUACGUGGCGCUUUGUGUUGUUCUUUUUCAUAAAGAUAAUUUUAAAGGUUUGAACUUUUCUCUAUCAUUUACAAAACGAGUGAAAUUUCAUCAAUCUACAGGAGUACCAUCUACAAUAUUUAAAAACGCUGGAAAUCGCCAUCAGGUUUCUUAUCAAUUAUUGAAAAAUUUAACCAUCGCGUUGCAGCUGUUUUCCUAUCAAUAUCAUAAAGCAAAGGAAAAGUAGCUGCAUGUGUGUUAGACAUAACGUACAUUGACCUUGGUGAUUCGCUACAUUGGUCAUAUGUCGGAUAUGCUUGAGGCGAACGAUUAUCCUUUUGUUAGUAACAUUGCAUAAUCUGUACACCUUGUUUUUAUAAUGCCCGCGUGUCAGAUUGGCUGCUGUCCCGUUGAUUCUUGUGAAUGCUCUAUAGCCUUAAAUGAUUGCGAAUGUCUUUUCACAAAUGAACUUGAUGGUUCCCUGGUCUUAGAGAACACACACUUGACAGCCGAGCAUCAUUAUGAAAAACUACGUUUGACCACUUUGCACACGAUAUGUUCUUGUCGUACUAAAGAUGAACUUACCGAUUACCUCAAACCAGUUGUGCCUUAUCUUGAUGAUGACAAUACCGAUGCAGCAGAUAUUGAUUGUCAGACAGACGAAGAUGGCGAUAUUGCUGAAGAAGGUAUCAACAAAGACGAACCUGUAAAUGGAAAGAAUAAUUUCGGAAACGAAAUGAGAGAUGAUUUAUGUGCGGUUUCUCAUUCGAAGAAGCUGUCUCGUACGAACAGUCUGCCAUUGAAACAAUCCUCAAAUCCUAAUUCUCCUUCUAAGGUUACGCCGACGCCAAACUUUGAUCUUAAAACUUCUUUGUCGUUCGAGAUUCCUCAUGUUUCCUUUCUUAAAACAAAGCGCAGUCAAAGUAUAGCUGAAGCAAGACUUGGUGAUUUGUUGAAUGAACGACGUCCCAGCUGUUUUCCAUUAUCAACACAGGAACUACGGUCGGACGCUGUACCUGACCCACACCAAGGUCAUGAACAUAAUCGCAUUCACGAGUACCAUCAUGAAAUGUUUCAUAACAGACAUUCUAUUGAUCAUCACUCUGACAACCAUCAAAAUGAAGUUGAUCACUAUGGUCACCAUAACUAUGAAGUAGAUCACCAUAAAAGAGAUGAUCAUCAUGACCACCAUCACCAUGAAGUUGAUCAUGACAACCAUCAUCAAGGAGACCGCCAUGAAGGGGAUCACCACAACCAUCACCAUGAAAGAGAUGAUCACCUUGACCACAAUCACCAUGAUCACCAUUAUCAUGAAAAAGAUGAUCACCAUGAUCACCAUCCCCAUGAAAAAGAUGAUCACCAUGAUCACCAUCACCAUGAAAAAGAUGACCACCAUGAUCACCAUCACCAUGAAAAGGAUGACCACCAUGAUCACCAUCACCAUGAAAAAGAUGACCACCAUUGUCACCAUCACCAUGAAAAGGAUGACCACAAUGAUCACCAUCACCAUGAAAAAGAUGACCACCAUUGUCACCAGGAGGGAACAUCUCAAGAUGCAAGUUGUUGCCAUAGUUCAAAAUGCGACGAACAAUUGUUUACUUCAGACGAAGAGUUUAAGUCUUUAGUGAAAUCAGAUUAUUCUAAAGUUGACAUCGAUGAUAUGACGCUAAGAACAACGAAGCUUCGAGUGCAAAACUUAUGUUGCCCUAAGGAAGCGACGAUUGUUCGCGAUGAAUUACAACUUAUUGAGGGCAUUGAAAAAGUUCGUAUAAACGUUCUGGGUCGUGUUGUUCACGUGACUCAUUAUGUUGAAGUCGUGUCAGCGACGUCAUUGAUGACAGCAUUAAAUAAACGACAUCUUGGUGUGUCCAUUGUUGAUACUGGGUCAGAGGCUGACGCUGAAAAAGGACUUCCAAGAUCAAUGAAAAUUCGACUGGCAAACCUCACCGUUCAAUUUAUUCUUUUUACCACCGCUUUGGUUGGGCAUUUCACCUCAGGCUCAUGGUAUGUUUGGGUAGCUAUAGCCGAAAUAUGUUUUGGAGUUUUACCCAUAUUAAAGAAAGGGUAUCGUGCAUGUCGAAAUAAAGAUAUCGAUUUAAAUAUCCUUAUAACCAUCACGGUGAUUGGUACGCUGGUCAUUCAGGAAUGGGUCGAAGGCGCAGCUGUGGUUUUUGUAUUUACUCUUGCUGGUUUUUUACAACGGUUUUGUUUUUAUCGUGUUCAAAAAACCAUAUCAAGUUUGAUGUUAUCAAAACCUUCAAUGGUGGUCAUGGCUUGUACCGGAGAAUGUGUCCCAGUGGAACAAGUUCCUAUUGGUUCAAUAAUCGCCGUUCGACAAGGUGAGCUCAUUCCACUAGAUGGUGUAGUUGUAAAAGGAGAAGCGUAUGUAGAUGAAAGUUCCAUAUCAGGCGAGGCAACUCCUGUGGAAAAAAGUCUUGCUUCGUCAGCCUACAGUGGUACUGUUAUACAACAUGGAUAUUUAGAGAUAGAAACAACAUCCAAUUUUAGUUGUUCUACUAUGUCCAAAAUAUCUGCAAUGGUUGAAGACGCCCAGUUGAAUGUAUCGCCAACAGAAAUUACAGUAAACAAAUUUGCGAAGAUAUACACACCUUUGGUGAUCGUGGUGGCCAUUCUUGUUUUCCUUGUUCCAUUUUUCUUGGGUCUUGCCGGUGUUGAUGAUUUUGUUGGUAAAGAAAGGGUUUGGGGUAUACGUGCGUUGAUUGUACUCGUGACUGCCUGCCCCUGUGCUCUUCUUCUCGCCACUCCCACCGUCGUUAUAUGUGGUAUUACUGGUGCUGCACAUCUUGGUGCACUUGUCAAGGGGGGGACGUACCUUGAAGCUUUAGGGCAUCUAAAUGUUCUUGCAUUUGACAAGACUGGAACUCUGACGGAAGGGAAAUUUCAAGUUGUUGAUUUGGUGUCACUAGAUGAACACGAUGAAAGUGUUGUGUUACGAUGGGCGGCGGCUAUUGAGAGUAAGUCAAGCCAUCCACUGGCUGCUGCUAUUGUUAAUGAAUUCACUGGUGAGUGUGUCUCAGAAUUCGUGAAAGACUCCGAUGUUCUUCCGAAUGUCGACGAAUUCUAUACAAUGGAAGGUCAGGGGAUAUCAGGGAAAGUUGAGGGACACAACAUAGAAGUGGGUAAUCGCUCCUUACUUGAGAAACUUGGUCUGUCUCUCUCAUCGACACUAGAAACAAAAUAUUUUUCAUUUUGUGCUGAUGCUAAGACCGUUGUUUUUGUGUGUGUUGAUGGAGAACUUGCACUAAUGAUUUCAUUGGCCGACAUCAUACGUCCGGAGUCACGUGAUGCGAUCAAAUGGUUACAGGAUCUCAAUGUACAUCUGUGUAUGUUGACUGGUGAUUCGAAACAGACCGCCAAUGCUGUUCAGAGUCAGUUAAAACUGGAUUCUUGUUUAUCUGACUUGAAACCGGAUGAUAAACUGAAUUGGGUUGUGAGUACAAGAGAACAAGACGUUCGGAAACGAAGAUUUUUCAGUAGAAAAAAAAAAAGUCAAGUCGUUGGCAUGGUUGGUGAUGGUGUUAACGAUGGUCCUGCUCUAGCUGCGUCGCAUGUUGGAAUAGCCAUGGCAGCUGGAGGCUCCGCACUUGCUGUCGAAGCUGCUGGGGUUGCGUUGAUGAACAACAGUAUUCUUAAAGUUCCUGAGAUGAUCUGCUUAAGUCGAUUUUGUCGUCGUGUUAUUCAGGAAAACAUUAUUCUCUCUGUGCUUUUGAAAGCUGUUUUUGUUGUUGUCGCGUUCACAGGAUAUGUUCGCGUUUGGAUGGCAGUAUUAGCUGACCUUGUUGGCCUUGUCGUUGUCAUUAUCAAUGGUCUUAGACCUCUAAAAUGGAAACCACUACGAAAGAGUGAUCGGAAAGAGCCCCCACGUGCCUCGUUUAAACGUAAAAGACCAUUACUCUUGUUCGAGAGUACUGUGUAAGAAUUGAACAAGUAAGGAUUUCUGAAACGGCUUAAAAAAUAUCAAUGUUGUAUUGAAAAUUUGGAAACAAGAGUCAUUUAUUGGGGAAAAAAACGUCUAUCACAAUUCACCACCCAAGAUUUUGUAUUGAUGUUUGACUGUGCUUAUCUUUUGGAGAAAUUCUGGUUGGGUAAGGAAUGAAAUUUGUCCAUGAAAUUUGUACACUCGAGUUAAAGGAACACCUAUCUGUUAUUGUGUUAAGUAUUUAAUUAUAACAAAAAUUAUUUGAA